UAAUUGUACCUAUUUAAUAGAUUAGAAUCAGAUUCUCUGUUCGUAUAUUACUGAAUCCAAUAUCCAUGCAAAGUCAAUAAAAAGACCGAAUUUGCGUAAUCGCCGUGAUCACAUUUUAACUAUUAAACGGUUGUGUUUUAAAUGUAUUUUGAGAAUUUCGAGUAAAUAUUUAUUAACAUUUGACAUUUUAAUCCUUUAGUUAACAUUGAACUCAAUAGAAAUGGCAGCAGUUGAAUCACUUGUCAAAGUUGAAGAAAAACCUGUUAACAGAGAAAAGACUUGCCCAUUAUUAUUAAGAGUGUUUUGUGCAAUGGGACAUCAUAAUAAUUUAUCGGAAUACUAUCGUGGCGCUGUACCUGGCAAUGAGCUUCAAAUAUAUACGUGGAUGGAUGCUACACUACGUGAAUUGACUGGUUUGAUCAAAGAGGUAAACAUUGAAUCUCGAGUCCGUGGAACAACUUUCGAUUUUGUUCUUGUAUCACCAGAAUAUAAUUGCCCAAGAUUUAAUGCAUAUGAAAUUGGACUUACUGUUGCUGGAAAUAGAUCUCCAGAUGAUUCAAAAACAUUAGGGAAUACAAGAUUUACAAUUGGUGAUUAUUUAGAUGUUUGCAUAACUCCUCCAGAACGUUUUAUGAGAAGACCAGCACCAAUGCGUUACCGUAAAUAAUUAUAUUUGAAAUAUUUUAAAAAAAAAAAACCUUUCAGUCAUUGAACGAAAAUCUGGUAUACUGAAUCAUGUUAGCCUAUAUAAAAUGUCAUGUCUGAUUGAAGUCUACAAUAUUUAGAAAAUAAGGAUUGAAUUGUCAAAAUACAAUUUCCAUUUGAAACAAUGUAUAUUAAUAAUUACCAUA